CGCAUCGAGAAGACAUUGCGCAGCGUUCCACAACAACAGCAAUCGCAUCACAACAACACCGGCAACAGAUAGAAGUAAUUCUUGCACAACACAACACAGCAUAACACAGCAUCGACAAGCAUCGACACAAGGCAGCCAUGUUCAGCCUCCUGAACGGAAUCUACGACAGCUACCUGGCCCCCACGCAGCUGAACCUGCUGGUGGUGGGCGCUCCGGAGGCCGGAAAGACCACGCUGCUGGAGCGGCUCAAGGCGACGGAUUUGUCGGGCAAGGGGAGCAGCGGCGGAAGGAGGAAUCCACUCGGGGCGGAGGAGCCCCCCGAGGCGCUGAGGGAGGCCCUCUUUGCCACGGGGGCGGCGAGCCGGCUGCGGCACCGGUCGGGGACGAUGGCCUCCUCCAGCGGCAGCCUGGCGGGGAGCGGCGGCAGUGGCAACGGCAACAGCCACGGAAACGGAACCGGCCGGGCCCGGGUGCAACGAAACGCUGGUCCUGUUCCUACCGGGCACGGCAAAACAAACGGGGCCGCGGCGUCGCCCGUCGUCAGGGAACGGAGGAGGCGUUUCUCCAUCUGCCCGGCCCCGGAGCGCUACUCGCGGUCCGCGCGGGACGAGGACCAGGACGAGGUCUACCUAAUGGACAACGACGACGGCGUCGACGACGAGGCGGAGGGGCUGCUGCUGGGAGGCAGCGCAAGCGCCAACCACCACCGAAACGGGGGCCCGCCCGGGCGCCGCCGGAACCACUCGAAGGAGUUCGACGUGGACACGCUGGACCUGAUCACCGACGGAAUCGACCUGGCGCAGCACCAGCCACCUCCCCCCCCCGGAAGGAACCAGACCCGGGCCACCAGCAUGCAGUCGAUCGACCUCGACGUUGGCGUUGGCGUUGGCGUUGGCGGCAGCGAUCCGUCGUUGGGAAAGGACCCGCAGGCACAACCCCAACCACAACAACCACCACCACUACCGCGGGGCCCGGCGCUGCACCAGUCGACGCCCGAGGAAUACCACCGAAAGGCSAAGGCAAAAAUGCUUCCGCUCCGGAUGAUCCGUCCUACCAGUGAGUUUCUUCUUGGCAUGCAACCAGCUACUGUAUUGUGUGCUUGGAAUAGAUGCGAUUGGUCGGCCGGCACUUCGCGAUUUGCGUUCUUUUCGGAUCGAUCCACUCUUACACGCAUUCCUCCUUUCUUUUGUGUGGUGUUCGCUGCUGUGCUGUGCUGUGCUUCGAUUCGAUUCGAUGCCUCGUCUCAACUCGUACGGUGCUUGUGUGGCCGACUCCCGCUYUUCUCGCCGUGUCUUUGGAAACGAUUAGUCGGCACCAACCUAGCUAAACUUGACAUGUACGGUGCCAAGUGCCACAUAUUCGAUGUCGGGGGGAAACUCCAGGAUCUCUGGGAACGGUAUUACGACGACUGCGAYGCGGUGAUUUUUUGCUGGAAACUGGGAGAAGAUCCCGACAAGCCCCCGAGAGAACCCGACAGCGACGACGACGACGACAGCGAUGCCGAGGACGAGGACGAGGACGAGAAAAUCGAAGCCAUUUACAAAAAGCAGCAAGAACUCCUCAACACGGUGAGAAAGUCCGUCCCCGACGAGGUUCCCUUUCUGAUCCUCGGCCACGUCUUUGGAAACGCCAGCACGGAGAUCGUCGACGAGAUGUUCUGCACCGACGUCUUGCUCCCCCGGUACCACAACCCGAUGACCGGCUUUUGCUGCGUGUCGGCCAAGAACGGGGCCGGGGUCCGCUCGGCCAUGGAGUGGCUCAUCCCCCUCGCGAAGCGACAGCUCCGGGAACGCAUUUCCUCCAAGAAGGAGCCGGCCUUGCACGAAAAGGCGGAGAUAUGAUGGCAUGGCUGCAAUCGGGAGGGAGGGCCUCUUCCGGUGUGCGACGGUGUGCUUUCCGCGGUGCGGUGCCGUCCGGCACGACACGACAACGGCGCAACGAGGAGGAAACCAAAUGGAAGCAACAUACUGUACUGUAGUGCACUGCACUGUACUAUACUGUACUGCACUAUGCAACCAAAGACUGCUGUAUCAUCCAACRCAACAAACCAAUCCCUUGCCGGACCGCUCCGUGCAAAACCGUUGCCUCCAUUUGCUGCCUGUUGCGGGGCGGGUUUGGCGGGCAGACGACAACAGCGACGGCGGCGAGCACCAGCGGUUUUGUAGCAGCAGGAACACGAACCGGAUCCUACCGGAUGCCGGCACGAGGCACCUCGACGUGCACCGAACACGUUCGUUCUUGGACUGCAACAAACACGACCCGAAAAGACGGAGUGAGGCGUUCCCCGGACGAGACGAGACGAGACCAAAUUUUGCUGGCGAUCGGUGUCCGGCCACAACCAUUUUGUUUCGUUCCGCGGACGAGGCUUGUYCAAAAAUAAAGGGUAUUAGGGUUU